AUGGAGGAUCGUAUCCCCCCUUUCCCCCGGGGCUGCCAGCUGCAUCCCAUCGCUUCUUCUUGCAAGCCUUCUCACUCGCUCUAUUUCCAUCCUUCCUCCCCGCUCUCUCACCUCUAUGCCCAAUGGACGAUCGCAUCCCCCCUUUCCCCCGGGGCUGCCAACCUCAUGGCCUCCUCUCCUCCCUCAAAUCUCGCCUCACCUCUCGGUGGUCCAAGGGCUCUUCCUCCUCUUCCGCCCAACCAUCAGCCACACUCCGUCACAGAAGCUGACAGCCACAUCAGUUCACUUGGUGAGCUGGGUUGUUGA